CUCCCUCAAUCGUUUUUAAAAAGUCGUGCAAGGCGGACGUGGAACGUGGAAACUGCUAUUUCGCUGUGCGUGUGUGUUGUGUGGCUGUGCUCGCUCUAGUGUGUGUAUAAUUUGCACAAGUUCGAAAUAAAAUAAUUUGUAAGCAAAUAAUCGUCAACGUUGCGGUUUUUUGCUUUGUCUUCUUCCCCCAACUUCUACGCUGCACAAAUAAUUUCGGUGGCGUGUGUACUCCCUACUCCCCCCUCCGGAAAGCCGACAAAAAGUGUCAAGUGCAACUCUAUAAAUAAAUUGCCAACGCAAUAAGUUAACAACAAAUCCGAAGCAUCAACAUGAGCUGGCAAGAUUAUGUGGACAACCAACUGCUCGCCUCGCAGUGCGUGACCAAGGCGUGCAUUGCCGGACACGAUGGCAACAUCUGGGCGCAGUCUGCUGGCUUUGAGAUUACAAAGGAGGAACUGGCCAAAUUGAUUAGCGGCUUCGACCAGCAGGAUAUCCUUACCAGCAACGGUGUUACAUUAGCCGGCCAACGGUACAUUUACCUCUCAGGCACAGAUCGUGUGGUGCGCGCCAAGCUUGGGCGAAGUGGAGUCCACUGCAUGAAGACAACACAAGCCGUCAUCGUUUCCAUCUACGAGGAUCCCGUACAGCCCCAGCAGGCCGCUUCCGUUGUAGAGAAACUCGGAGACUAUCUGAUUACUUGCGGGUACUAGAUAGGAGGGAGAAUAGAUCAACAACACAAACAACCACAACACACCCAAAACAAAACAAAACAAAACAAACUGCACCUCCAUCAACAACAUAGGAAACACAACAGCAACAACCAGGAAACAGCAACAACAGCAGCAACAACUUUGAUAUGAAGAUGGAGAGAGGAAAAUGCUAAUAAGAAAAAAGUAAAAAAAUGGAAGUAAUUAUUAAUAUUUAAAAUAUGGAGUAAAUUCCCCCCCACUAAACGGCCAAGGCGGAGGAUAUUUUUGGGGAACGAGAGGAUGCAAGACCCGCAAAUUCUGUUCUGAAAACGCAAAUAAAUUACCCGCAAAAAUCAACAACAAUAAACUACAACAAAAAAAAUUAUAAA